AACCCAUUAAAGAAAACAACUACUAGAUAUCUUUCUCUGUAAUGGACUUCUCUGUUCUCCAAAACUUUCCUUCUCUCCCCACCCCCACAUCACGUGACUGAAGGCAACCAUCAUUUGCUCCUAAAUUGUUCUCUCCGCAUCUUUCAUCCAACUAUCAUCUUCUUCAUCACCAGCAUCCGUGAGAAGCUAACUGUUGCACCUCGGAUAAGGAGAAACAAUAGCCGUCAGUCAGCGCCAUCUGGUGAGACAAUCCAUCAACAACCCUGAUCUCUUUUUACGUGAAAGAGCAUUCCGAGUUUGACAUCUCUCCGGUAAAGUCCUGUGGCUUUAAAUCGGGAGAAAAUCUGGAGAAUACGGAUAUUCUCGAAUGAUUAGAAGAGGAGAAAAUGAGAGGAAAUAUUUCCUUUUGAACUUUGAAUGGGUGUUGUGGAGUGACUGAAAGAAAUAGGAUUUUCAACUCGAUUCCGUUAUUUUUGAAAGACAACUUUCAUUACAAGGUUUCUAAAAGGAAACAUGAAAGAUACCACGUGGAUUUUAUUUGGGAUAAAAGCUGUGAUUAUAUUGCUUACAGCUGUUCCCGGAGUUUACUUACAAGAUCGAUGGUAUUGGUAUCAACAAGCAAAAAAUCAGCUGCUUAGAAACUUGGAGGAUGACAGGAACUACAAUGUUGCCAGAAACAUUAUUCUUUUUAUAGGGGAUGGAAUGGGCAUGACAACAGUCACAACUGCCAGAAUACUCCGUGGACAAAAACGGGGUCAAACAGGGGAGGAAAAUGAGCUGGCGUUUGACAAGUUUGGUUACAUUGCUCUUGCGAAAACUUACAACACUGACAGUCAAGUGGGAGACUCGGGUGCUUGCGCUACUGCUCUGCUAUGCGGAGUGAAAGGCCGUUUUGAGACGGUAGGUUUAGACGACACUGGAACAUACGAAAAGUGUGAAAGUAGCCUGAAAGCUAGAAUCCCGUGUUUAGCAGAUUGGGCUCAAGCUGAAGGAAAGGCUACAGGCUUAGUAACUACGACACGUGUUACGCACGCAACACCAGCAGCUAUGUAUGGUCAUUCACCGAGCCGCUACUGGGAGAGUGAUUCGAAAAUUCCAGUUGAAGAUCGAAAGUUGUGCAAAGACAUAGCGAGGCAAUUAGUGGAAAAUGAUCCUGGAAGAAAUAUAAACGUGAUCCUGGGGGGUGGUAGGAGCCAUUUCCUUCCAGUUAAAGAGGAAGGUUCCGAAAUCCUUUCGGACAUGGGAAGAAGGGAAGAUGGACAGAAUCUCAUCGACUCCUGGCAGCACGACAAGAAGACGAGGAGGUUGAAGUAUAGAUAUGUCUCGAACAAAAAAGAAUUCGAUAAAGUAGAUCCGCGAAGUACGGACUACUUAUUGGGACUUUUCAAUUAUGGUCACAUGUCUUAUGAAGCGGACAGAGAUGCAGGGCCUGAGGGAGAACCAUCUUUAGCUGAAAUGACAAAAAAAGCUAUACAAAUACUUCAGAAAAAUGCGAGAGGAUACUUUUUGAUGGUAGAAGGUGGUAGGAUAGAUCACUCUCAUCACUUCAACAAUGCCCAUAGAGCACUGACAGACACAUUGGCGCUGGAAGAUGCUGUGAUUGUUGCCCUGAAUAUGACAAAAUCUGAUGAUACUCUUAUUGUUGUUACUUCAGACCAUUCUCAUGUUUUUGCAUUUGGUGGAAAUCCUAAGCGAGGAAAUCCAAUUUUAGGAUUGGACAGCAAGUUAUCAGAUGUCGAUAACAUGCCUUACACAACACUCCUGUAUGCCAACGGACCAGGAUAUAAAAGAGAUUCCGAAACUGGAAGAGAAAAUUUAACUGGAACUAACACAGAGGAGAUGAACUACGUGCAGCAAAGUGCAGUACCACGUCGAUGGGACACUCAUGGAGGUGAAGAUGUACCAGUCUACGCUCACGGUCCCAUGUCUCACCUAUUUCGAGGAGUUUUGGAGCAAACAUACGUACCUCACGCUAUGGCUUACGCUGCUUGCAUUGGACCUCAAAGAAAUGAUUGCGAACGUCGUCGAAGACAGGCUUUCCAACGACAAGUCAUUGAGUGUCCUUCAGCACACAUUGACGACGCUGAGCAAGUAAUAAUGGCUAAUUCCGUAAAUUACGUCACCUUCAGCGUUUGGAUGAUUUGCUCAAUUAUGUUGCUCCAAUUAUUUCUAACGUGACCUGUGUCUCAAUGACAUUUGAAGGUUACUUGAACCUUGGCAAAAGACAGUUGUCUCUACUCACACUUCCAAUAUCAUAAUGAAAUGAACUGUGUUGGUUCGGCUCAAAAUGUUUAAUUUAUAGUGUUUUUUUUUCUUUCUUCUUCUUCAUAACUGCUCACUAUCAGUUUAGAAUUGCUAAAAUUGUAUGCAAUACAUCAAUUUCAGUGUUUGGAUCAUUUGCUCAAUUAUGUUAGUUGAAAUAUAUGUGGCCUAUCUUUACUGUCAAUGACAUUUGAAGGUCACUUGGAAAUUAACAAAAAAUUGUGUUUGCACUUACUCUUAAUAUCAUACUAAAACUGCUUGAAUUCAGUGUUUAUUUCCUGAAAUUUUCUGAGGGGAUUCAAAUUCUAUACUAUUAGUAAAUUUUCGUUUUUUUUUCUUCUUCAUUUUUCUCAAUUAUCAAAUUUCCAUAAUUUUUUCAAUGACCAGUUUUUCAAUGAUAAUUGAAGGUUACUUGAACUUUUCUAAAAGUUUUUAAUACAAUAAUGAAGUGAACUACAUUGGUUCCGCUAAAAUUUUCAAUACAGUAAUGAAACGAACUUUAUUGGUUCCGCUAAAAACUUUCAAUACAAUAAUGAAGCGAACUACAUUAGUUCCAGUAAAAAUUUUCAAUACAAUAAUAAAGCGAACUACAUUGGUUCCGCUAAAAUUUUUCAUUACAAUAAUGAAGCGAACUACAAUGGUUCCUCUCAACUUAUUCUAUUUUUUGUGUUUAUCCCCUUUAAUUUCCAAACACUGCUCAUUACUAAGGACUUAGAACUGUACAUAUAUGUGUAAGGACCAGUCUACUGUUGUUUGUGCCCAUUAUGAGAAUAGAAAAAUUUUAAAUCUUUAAUUUUUUUAAUUUAAAAUUACGAAGAAUUUGAUAUAAAUUCGAGUUCUGUAGAUUUUUUUAAAAGUUUAAGAAUUCGAAAUCUUCCGCCAGCAAUUAUAGUGACGAAUGUCUCAGAAUUUUUUAUAAAUAGAGAUUGCCUUACAAUGUGAUGUAAAUGUGAUGGUUACUUAAAUUUUAGCAAAUGUAAUGACUGCGCGAACAGUUUACAAUGAUAAUUAUGAUUUUUUUUAUCUAGCUGUAUAAGCUACUUCUAUUUCGAAUGCCUAUUGUUAAUACAUAUCGAUAAACUAGAAAACAUCUCAAAUAUGAAUAAAAAUAACUUAUACUUAUUUAAAAGUGAAUAAGCAUUGUAUUCUUUUACCAUAUCCAUCAAAACUCGUGUUUUUCAUGUUCCCAAAUCUAAAAAGUUGCUGAUUUACCCACAAUGCAAAUCCGCUGUUUUAUUAGUUUCAGUGGCAACGUGGGCAACCCCUGAAGUAAAGUAUCUUAUUAAAAAAACACAAAAACCGUGUUUUAUCUAUUAUAUUUAUUGUUUCCGACCAAAUCCUUUUUUCACCGAAUUUGGAGACAGAUUGCAUUUACUGAAUGCCUCAUGUAACAUCUCUUUGCGGAUUUAAUUUUUGUCGAUUGAUCUAGUUAAUUUGUGAAUCUUGUUGAUGUUGUAAUAAUUUUUAAAAAGGCAAACGGGUGGUAUUCACUGAAUGCCACCUGUUACAUCAUUUUACAGAUUGAAUUUUUAUCUAUUGAACUACAUAAUUUCUGAAUCGGCCACUACAUUUUUCUUAAUGUUGUAAAAAUUUUUAAAAUAGGAAAUGGGUGGUAUUCACUGAGUACCACCUGCUACAUCACUUUACAGAUGGAAUUAUUGUCUAAUAAUCUAGAUAAUUUCUGAAUCAGCCGCUAUGUAUUUGCUUACGUUGUAAUAUUUUUUCAAUUAGCAAACAGGUUGUAUUCAUUGAGUGCCACCUGUUACAUCACUUUAAAGCUUCAGUCUUUGUCUAAUGAUCUAAAUAAUUGGUAAAUCUAUGUUUGUUGAUUCUGUAAAAGUUUUUAUACUCCGGUGUCAUACCAGCGACCCGUCAUGUCUUAACCUCACAUCUCACCUAGCCAAAACGCUGAAUUAAUAUAACUAAACAAUCUAAAACUAGACAUUUUUCUGAGUUAGGAAAGUGGUGAUAUUUACUGAAAUCCAAAUCUAGGCUAUCAAGUGAGUGUGUGGUAAUAUUCUAUUGAAACUGCUGCAGUAGAGAAAUGGUCAAUCGGCUAUCAUCACUUUCUCAAGUAAUUGGAUAGGAUUUGCUAGCACAUGGUCAUGCAAAAGCUCUCAUAAUGUUUGCAAAAACAAAUCGGCUUAUACACAGACUGACUAUUAAUAUAUUUCGUAAGUUAUAUACUCAGCAGAAAAAUAGACAAAUGUUUAACUUUUAAAUUAACGUAAAAACUACAUAAAAUUAUUGGUGUUUUUUUCAUUUAAAAAAAGGGAUUGUACACGUAAAUAAGUUAAAUGAACAGUGAAAGUAUAUUAGUUACAAGAAAAAGUUUUGCGUCAAAUCCAAUUAUAUAUUUUAUACCAAAUAGCUUUUACCGAUUAAGGAUUGCAGUACUUAAUAUCUUUUAUUUUCUUUUUUAGUUAUAAUUUUUGCAUAUUUUUUCGGAAAACAGAAUAAAGAAAAAAAUUAGCUAUGCACGGUUAUUAUUAAUGCAAUGCACAAAAUAAGAUCUACCCAAGAAAUGAAACUUUUCACUAUCAAAAUUAUUACAUGAAUUUGAUUACAGGGAGAUCUUUAAACACUACUAUGACUAUAUAAUUUUAAAAUAACUGACAAAAUAUUUAAUUUAUAACCCACUCAGUUAUAUUUAGAAAUAAAUUUAAUAUUUAUUUACGAAAAGUAAUAAGUUAUUAUCAUUGAGCCUUUAGAUGAGUAAUAAUUAAAGAAACGAGUAAUAAACAAAGAAUUUACUGCUUGAGUUUUCGUUCUAAAAUUAUGGCAAAUAACCGACAGCAGGUUUGUCCAUCCAAAUCAUCAUUAAAAUUAAGCUAAAGAACUAUUUUUUACCUUUACGGAUUACGGUUUUGAAAAAGUUUACAACUGGUAUGGUUGAAAACCGUGAAUUCACGGUUUUUCAACCAUUUAAAUUUAGUAUAGUUUUGAAACCGAAAAAAUUCAACUGAAGAAUGGAAGUAGUUUAACAGCGUUAUGUUGCUGUCAUCUUUGCAUGAAUGAGAGUAUCGUAUUCUUUUAGCAAAGGCUCCUCAAAUUGGGGAGUGAGGAACACUGGAAACUCUUUAUGUGUUAAAAGAAAUAUUGUGAUGUCCACGCUGGGACUCAAUCCCGGUUCUGUUGUAAAGAUAUUGACAGAUUAUCCCUGUCGGCUGUAAUACGUAUACGGUUGGAACUCAGUGUUCAUCUGGUAAGCCUAAUUGGUGUGGAUAAAAUUUCGGUGGUUUAACCAUAUUAGAUGAAAGCAAUUAGUGAGCUGUUUUUCUAUCAGUCAACAGCUUAAAUAACAUUUUAUUUGUGGUUAUUUGACUAUUUCACGCUAAUAUGGUAAAAUAACAGUUAAAUAAAAAAAUUUUAAACUAUUUUUUUCUGAGAAUUUUUUAACAGUGUAUGAUAACGAGAAUAUGAGAAGGGUGAUAUCGACGUACAAAAGAACAAAAAAUAUUUUCUAUGUUCUAAAUAAUAAUACGAUUUAAGAUCAAAAAGAGCAAAGUUUGAAUUAAUAUUUUUAAAAACUAAAUUAUUUUUGGUUGAGAGAAACGAGUACUACUGAAUUCUGUUUUCUGUAAAAAUCGUAAAUUAGAUUCUUCUUCAAAUUAUCAGGUUCAAAAUUGUUUCAAACCUUUCUUAAACUGAUACUAAUUCCCACAGUAAGAGUUUGAAAAGCAUUUUCUCACUUAAAUGCCACUUUUCAACUCUUUUUAUGAAAGUGUUUUUUUUUUUUUUAAAUUUUUACAACACUAUCAAAAUCAUUUAUUAAGGGUGGUCAUUACAGAAUUCCAUGUGUAAGGGUUGUGAAAUUUAGACGUUAUCUGAUGUAAAUUACAUUAUGAAAUUUAAGUUACAGUUUCAUAUCAUAUCAAUAAUAGCAGAUAAUGCAAGUAUGCGAAUGGUGGGCAAUACGGAGAAAAAAAACAUGGUGAAAUUACGGUACAUCAUGGUAAUCACACUUCUGAUAAUAAAAAAAAAACAUAAUUCUGAUUGACAAAAAACAAACUAUAUGAUAUUUACACCAUUCAUUUGGUAAUUUUUCCGUUGAUAAGGUAACAUUUUACUGGAAAUUCUA